GAGAAAUGAUUGCACGUUAAAUUAGCGUUAAUUACGGUUUUAUCCCUACGCGCGGCUCAAAGAUCUCUCUCUCUGUGUUCUUUCUUUCGUCUGGAAAAAAACACAAAAAAAAAACAAAAAGAACAGCGAUCUUCGAGAGACAGACUCGGAUUAGUCGAAAAAGCUUAGAGAUUUGAAUACUUUGAUUUCUAAAUCGUGAAUAUCGGUCAUGGGUUCUGGUAAAGAGCGUGACACUUUCGUCUACCUCGCUAAGCUUUCUGAACAGUCUGAGCGCUAUGAAGAGAUGGUGGAGUCGAUGAAAAAUGUUGCGAAAUUGAACGUUGAUCUAACGGUGGAAGAGAGGAACUUGCUCUCUGUGGGAUACAAGAACGUGAUCGGUUCAAGGAGAGCUUCGUGGAGGAUUUUCUCGUCGAUCGAACAGAAAGAAACAGUGAAAGGGAAUGAGGUUAAUGUAAAGAGGAUCAGAGAGUAUAUGGAGAAGGUUGAGCUAGAGCUUUCAAACAUAUGCAUUGAUAUAAUGUCUGUGUUAGAUGAGCAUCUGAUUCCAUCGGCUUCUGAGGGUGAAUCAACUGUCUUCUUUAACAAGAUGAAAGGUGACUAUUACCGCUAUCUUGCGGAAUUCAAAUCAGGGAAUGAGAAGAAAGAGGCUGCUGAUCAGUCUUUGAAAGCCUAUGAGAUUGCUACUACUGCUGCUGAGGCUAAACUCCCUCCUACACAUCCUAUCAGAUUGGGUUUAGCCUUGAAUUUCUCUGUCUUCUACUACGAGAUCAUGAACUCACCUGAAAGGGCAUGUCACCUUGCUAAGCAAGCGUUCGAUGAAGCUAUCUCAGAGCUUGACACUCUGAAUGAGGAAUCCUACAAAGAUAGCACCUUAAUUAUGCAGCUCCUUAGGGACAAUCUGACCUUAUGGACUUCUGACAUCCCGGAAGAAGGAGCAGAUGAUGCCCAUAAGACAAAUGGUUCUGCUAAACACGGUGCAGGUGGAGACGAUGCAGAGUGAUCUGAUAUGUGUGCACCCGCAACAGCGGCUCUGGACAAACAUGGUUCAAGAACAUCUGAAUGUGGGGUGAAUAAUAGCGAAACGUAGAGUUCCUCUGUUUUCUGUAUCAUUAUUGUCUAUGUUGUACUCUGGUUAGUCCCAAAUCCCUCUGGCUUGAGUGUAUUGCAUCAGGAGUCUCAGGACACUGCCUUCUUAUUUGUAAUUUGUAAUUCACUACUCUAUUUUCUCUUACUAUCUAUCCCUAUGGAUCCAAUCUUAUGAUCUGUAUUUGGUUGAAGCAACCACACCAAACAGAAUAACUAUAUGCAGUUUUUUUUCAUA